AAUGCCAAUAAUUACGGCUCGUUAGCAAUAAUCACACUCUACGUUGAUACACUGGGUACAUAAAGGAAAUGACACAUAUCCAUCAAUGCCAUACUGAAAGAAGGUUGGGGCACAUUGCCAAGGCAGCGCAUACUCGACAUUUCGUGAACAUGUUACUGCAUCGCCGACUAUUAUGCACGAAUGGCGUUUUUUUUUCAUUCCACCGGUGGGUGUGUAUCAACAUCCGACACCGGAAAAUGGGAGAAUUUUCGCACACCACUACAUACAGCUGCCACUUUUCGGACCAUUUCCCGAGCGAUGCGUGUGAACUGUCAAAACAAACACCGGACCCCACGAAGACGGUGGCACGAAACAGCUGGAGCCGAGUUUUCCCGAGCGCUCAGGUUUUCCGACAGUUUUCCUGCUCGGCGAGGGCGAAGAAAGCCUACAGCUGACGGUAUAGUAACGAUUUGCCACUGGAACCGAGCGGUGUGUGAGUGCUGUGCGUAUUCGAUGGUAGUAGGCGCGUUAGUAUCUCUAGUGAACGCGGGAAUUCAAGACAUUCUUUGUCCAUUAGAGUCGGUGGUUUGAUGAACGUUAUGGAUUUUAGGUGCAACCAGGGCAGUGGAAAUAAAAGUUGAUUACCGGCAAAGGAAUUGGGUGCCUGAGUGAAUAAUUGUGUGUCAGUGUGUAUGACCCUGUGUGUGCGAGUGUUGCGUUUUAGAAAUAAUACCGAAAAAAUGAUGAAAUAAUGUAUCCCCUUCACUUGCUCUAGAGCAAGCUACCCACUCCGUUCGUGUUGGGAAAGUUUUACUUCUAAUUGUGUUAGCAGCGAACACCUGCCCCGCCGUGGUUGAAAGGGAAAGAAAGUUGUUUGUGCUGUAGUCCCAUGUAGUGUGCUUGAAUAUCACAUAGAAGGGUUUCGUAGUUUUAAAAGUGUUCUGUGUAUCAUUGGCGAUAUCUAGUCUCGAUCGACAGUGCACGUUGGUUUUGGGAGGGUGUGAGAUUAAGGGACAUGAAUUGAUGUUCGUUGUUGGUAGUACAGCGCCACAGGUGAUGAAUGUUUAAUCCGCAGGCAUUUGCCAUACAGCUCAACUUCAUAUGCUGGUAAGAGGACCAGAGCAUAACACGUCUGGCUUGAAGAGUAGCGUUGGACAUCGACUAUUACAGACCUGGCUGCUGGCACGCUCGACCGGUAAAACGCUCAGCGCGGCCCAGUGUGGCAGUAAUAAUUGAAACGAACGAAUAAUCAUUCAUCAUCGGUGUGGAAGCUGGCAAACCGAGAGAGAGGCGACGUAGGGCAGGCUAUAAAAAAACCCCCCAACAACGACAACAGUCCCGCACCCGCACUGGAGACGCACAAAGCAGCAGCGGGGCACGGUUGGUAAAGGGACCAGGGACCAGGAACAUAAAAAUGAUAUGAUGUGAAUUCGAGCAUUUGUAUUCAUGCGUUCGGCUGGUGCGGCUUUGGUUGCUUUUCGGUGAGUAGUGAGCGGAAUCCACCCAUCAAAUCCAAUUUUCACGAUCAGUGCGCACCAACGUUUGGAGGGACGGCGAUGAUAUAGUGACGCGGCGAGAAGGAAACGUCAACACUGACAUCAUCACAAAGUCCAGUCUGAAGCUGAAGGCACGGAAAUGUUCGCUAGCAGCGGUGCGUCCCUUCCCAUCACCCUGUGUGCGACAUGUGAGUGAGGCGGUGAAAACACCCCAGUGGGAAAGCGAAACAGCGUUGCGAGCCACGUUCAACCCAGCAAGGCGGAAAAGCCAAGCCAGGGAUCGGGACAAGGGCGUACUACAAGCGCAAAUCAUCGCACAGAGCACACGAGGACACCCCGAAAAGAGAUUCUUCUACAUCUACGCUGCCCUCUCUACGCGCUGACCGAACGAUUUCCGGUGCGGGAGCUUUCCUGGUCCGUUCGGACCACGCUGGGAGGGGAAGCUGUCCAACCGAGCGAAAGGAAACAGAGACAUCAAAAAAACGGCCCCGGCGGAAGCUUGUCGCUGAAGGAUUAGUGCAGAAAAUAGAACUGGUGAGCGGUGGAUGAACUUCAGCCGCCGUGGAAAACGGGGUGGGAGAGGGAUCUACGGGAGGGAACAAACGUUAUCUACAUGCCAACGAACCGGCCAACGCGUCCUGCAAAAAACCCGUGACCAUGACCGAAGCAGCGUCCCUAAGCACACGGACUUCUACAUCUAGCACCACUCGCAGCACUCGUCAUUAGCCCCAGGGACCCAGGAGGACGUUUGGAAGGGGGAACGCAUCCGGCGUACGAAGCGACAAAGUAAUAGGUUUUGUCCGAAAGCGAAACCAUUGGAGAAUUUCGCAGUAUCUUCAAGUUCGCCCCUGUCUCCUGCCGCAGCGCCAUUGUUUCUGUUGGAGAGAGAGAGAGAAAGAGGGGGCCUGUGUGUGUGUGGUGAGCUGGAAAGCCUGGCUUUAAUUCCAGGCUCUGGUCGGCACUUGACGGAACUUUAUUUAACCAUCUCGCCGUUCCAUUGGUGAAGGAGAGUCCGCCGUACAAAGAAGCAAGCGGAUCGGGCAGUGAGAAAAGCUUCCAUUCCCUUGGGAGUGGCAGAAAGUGGAAAGUUUCUCCUCACACACACACUCUAAAAAAAGGGGGCGAAAAACGGGACCAGCAAGAAUUAAAGCAAAGAAGAAAAGGAUCCUUUGGCAAAUGCGGUCGAAUAUGCAAACAUACCUUAAUUAGAAAAUAUCAUAAACCGUACCGCAAACGACAAACGUCCCCCACCGUGCCGUACUACACUGUCUUGUGAACUCCCCAAAUCUCCCCAUCUUCCCAUGCUGUAGGCCCGGGCAGGCUGGUGAAAAGUAAACACGCCCAUAAAACAUUAAUUUUUUAUGAACCACCAUUCUCCCCCCUCCGGGCGUUGAUGGGAGUGUUGGUGGGUCUGGUGUGCCGUCCGCGUGCCCCUGUACGGUCGUCCCCCUGAGCAACAGCUCCGCCGUACGGCGUACGGGUGCAUUUACGGGGCGUUUGAGACGCUCGGGCCCGACCAGCGUUCCGAACGGCGCAACGGGGAGCAACGGCCCUGUCGGCACGUGGCAGACGAGUCAAUAUGGUGGCCAUAUUAAAACAUAUCAGCGGCACAAGCAGCAGCAGCAGCAUCGGCAGGAGCAACAGCAGCAGCAGCACCUUGGCGCAGGUAGUCGCAUCCAUCACCGCGCUGCUGCUGGUAAUGGUCGUGGUGGUUCCGCUUCCGACGGCGCACGGUAUCGAUUGCUUUAAGUGCGUUUCAAUGAACGGUGCCAAUAAGGCGUGCGAUGAUCCGUUCCACAACAACUACUCGGCGGCGAUCCUGGAGUCACCGUGCAUGGGCGGCCGCAAGGGCCGGGAUGGGCUGUUUCCGGCCACGUCCUGCAUCAAAAUUGCCGGCUAUUAUGAUGACACCGGCGAAACGAUCACCGUUCGUGGAUGCGCCCUGGACAGUGGCACCCUGACGACGGAUACCGAAAUAAUUCGCAUGUCACACUGCGGACGGUUCUACUACGACGAUAGAUACGUGCACGGAUGCCUGCAGAGCUGCAACGAUGCGGACGCCUGUAAUGCUGCCCAGCCAUCGGCAAGGUCCUGCUCGCCCACCCUGCCACUGGUCGUGGUGAUCGUUGCCCUCGGUACGGCACUGUUCGGGACAGUGACCAUUCCACCCCAACCGUCCGGAUGGCUUCGUACCGUCAACGGAAGCUAACAAAGUGAUCGGAAAACAAAGUGCAGCUGGGUGAGGGGUCCGCCCUCGUACGAUGUCUUAUGAAGGCACACAGAUUAAGCGUAGUCCUUUAGGUGGUGGGGGUAGGGGGUGGGGAGUUAGAGCGAAAGGGGAAACUAUGACCAAUAUAUAAUACAAAACUACAACAAAACCAAUCAAAAACACAGACAAAAAAUCGCUUUAACGCUCGUUUCGCAGGAUCCGCAGGGGAUCCGCUCUUGAGGGAAUGGUUUGAUACAGAGUAUUUUUGUGUAUGAGUUUAGAAAUAAUUUUUCUUACCAUUAGCAAGGCAAUGUGCGGGGAUACAGAGCUGCACAUAAAGGUACACAAAAGAAUUGCAAAAAAACCAUUCACAAAUUGCAUAGGUAAAUGAUUUUCUUUAAAUGCAUGAAAUUGAUACAAACGUAGCAGACAUUUAUAUGGAAAAGGAGAUACUAUAUCAAUAAUUAUCGAAAGCUUCAAAACAGGAAGCAUACACAAUGGAAUAAAUAUAGAGCGCUAUUGAAAGGAAGGAAGAAAUGGUGAAAAAGAGCAAAUCAAAAGCAACUCACAAGAUAAAUAUUAACGCAACAGCAUUCAGCAAAACCCAAUUACUAGACAGUUAAGGAACAUAUUGUCUACACGGUUCUAGCAUCAGUUGUAAAUUGUAAUGCCAUAAAACAAGCAGUGACCAUAAACACACACAGAGAUGAUUGUAAUUGUAAAACGGACACGUUUUGUUAAUGUCGCCACUCGCAUUUCGCGUGUGGCCCACAAUGUGCAAUGCAGAUCGAAUUGAAAAGAGGCAGAGCGUAUGCGCGUGUUGUAAGUUAACGCGUACCAUACAGAGCAUAUAUGUUGUUAUAUCUCUCACAUACACACACACAAGAUCCGUCUCGUUAGCAAAAACAAAGAAAAAGAAUUGUUAGUGUAAGAGAGGGAGCGAGUAGAGGGAAUCGCGGCAAAGCAGUUCCAUUUCCGUUCUAUUAUGCUAGACCAAUGCAAGAAAAAAAGGGGUGCAAAUAAAUUCGAACAAUGUAGCUUUCUUCCCUGAUGGUGGUGUGAUAGUGGUGUAAGUGAACUUUCGGUUUCUCGGCCAACCCCAAUCCCAACGGGCAGGCACACACACACACACACGGCAUGCCCAACACAUUAUACGUACAAAUCCAACUUUAUGAUGCUGCUUGUAUUUCAAGAUCAAAUCUUAUUUGUGAGUGUUACUGUGUGGGGAAGAUCACUGUGCGAAGAAAAACCAGUGACAAUGACAACAUAUUGUACCAAACCCAGCAGCCCCCUCAAUAUAGCAGCAAAACAGGCAGAAGGAAGCAUGCAUGCUUACGACACUACACUGUUUUGAGCAUUUUUCUAACCACCAUCACUUGUGUUUUUGCCUGUCCACCGGCUGCCAAAACAGAGGGCAUCAUUUGUUUCCUUGUUGUAGGGUGCAGCAACAGCAGCAGAAGCAAACCAGCUUGUGUUUUUGGGGAUUUUGUCCACUCAUCAGCAAAUGUUCUUAUUUAUUGGUGCGCUGCUUUCUGUGCAGGGGCAGAAGAAGCCAGUUAGGGAAGUAAAUUACACCACAACAACAAAAAACACUCAUAAUGGUAGACGAAAAGCUGCUUUAUGGGCCGUAUCUAUCAUAUUCUGUCUGGAGAAGAGAGGACGACAAAAUACACCACCACCCAACAAAUGAUGUAGUACAUAUUAUUGCACCAGAUUAGUAUUGAAAUUUGCAAACACUCAAACGAAAACAAAAAAAACGGGGAACCACCAACAAAACAACCCGAUAAGGAUAAGGGUAGGAUUGUAAAAAUUUUACGCACUACGCAUUAGCUCAUCCCCCUGCUGGACGGGUUUUCAUGGCUAGGCGAAAAGCGAAUGCACCACACCAGUAGCGAUGGUUUCAAGCGGCAAUGCCCUGACCUUCCCGAUGUAGAGAGAUUAAGAAAGAGAGAGAGAGAGAGUGACAGGGUGAAAGGGGCCGCGCCACACUAAGCCCUCGUGGCAUCAGGAAUGGAUUAAGCGACGGUCAUCCCAACCCACCCGGCGCAGAAGGGUGGAGGAGAUUAGUUUGUAUGUAGCUUUUUUUUACUUUCAGCCCCCAUUAGUACACAAUCCCCGCGUGUACGGGUUCGAAUCGACCAACACACAACACAAUUUUGCUAGCGAGUAAGGUAAAUACCGGGUAUUGGUAACGUGGAGAGAAAUGGUAGAGGAACAGGAUGAAACUAUUUAAAAAAAAGAUAGGCCGCAAAUAAUUGUAUAAUAAGUGCCUAAAAAAACGUAAAAUUAAACCUAAAACACACACACAUAUAAAAACCUAGUCACAAAGAAUACAACAUGAGAUGUACAAAAUCAGGAAAAAGCUUCACAACACAGUGCUGCACAAAAUCAGACAACACGCGUUCGAGGAUCGCUUGCCCGUGAUGCGUGUCCAAUACACAUGACCACGUGGUGCUCACAGUAAAAACCGUACUAUUUACUUUACUCAUCAAACACGCAACAACAACACAGCCCCUCUUUUUGAAAUUCCAGGUUUCUUAACCCAAUGCAAGCAUGCAUGUUUAGUAAAGGCAGGCGGGAAUUAAUAAUAAUAAUAAUUACUCAAACAAAAAAAAACCAACUGAUCAACUGUACAUAAACUGGUCAGCAAAGCAUACAAAUAUACUUAAAUGUGAUAUCAAAACGAUGGAGCCAGCCGCAGCAGCAGCAGCAGCAGCAGCGACAUUCAGCUAAUGCAAUGCAUCUCAAAUGGCACGGUUGCAAAUCUACCAAAACAAAAUGCUUCAGGGAUGCUGUGAAAUAGAGAGAGAAAAGUAACACACGCACAAAUAAACCCACAAUGCAACUCAAAACAAAAGUGCGAACAAAUCGAAUUCGGAUUCGCUUUUCCAUUGCUGCGCCUCAUCCAAGCACUAGGCUUGUGUGAAGGUGCCAGGGAGAAAGCCAUUACGUCGUAUAUGUGUGUAAAGUGGAAUUAGAUAAAACUAUGCAAACAACCAUUAAACCAAAAGGCACCUAACUCAAUUGCACCACAGCUAACUGCUGCAUGUUAAUUUCAAUGGUUUGAGAAGGGAGUGGCGAACGUAAUCGGAUCCAUACGGCAACAUUCUGGUAGCGGUAAAAAUUCAUUAGAAGAGUCUUUGGAGAAAAAAAAAAAACAAAGAUGUAGUAGAAGUUAAGCUUCGCUUUAGCGGUUAAGAAGCGACGAGCGCAACGGACGUUAUGUUGAGCCAUAAUUAUUAAACUAUUAGCAUCAUAAGCAUUACUAUCGCAAGCAAGCAAACACACGCAUUCAUUAGAUUAAGUAACAAACAGACAAACACUAUAAAGCACAAAAAAAAAAAAACGGUGUUAGGGGCUAGGGGAUGGAUGUUAUGUGGUGUACUUGACACUGGACCAUGCAUGCGAUACUUCAAAAAAUGACCAAAAUCGAAAGCGUCCUCGGAGAUGUGUGUAUCCGUGUAUGUGGUAGGAAGACUAGUAGAAGCAUGUUUCACCAUUAAACUGUAGCUCUUCAAUGUCAUGCGGCGGAUCUACCUAACUUUAACACACUCAGACAGUGCUCUCGAUCGAUUCGGCCGACGAAGCCUCAGUUCAUACAGCGGGAGGGUGGGAAGAGAAACAAUUUGCAAAGAAAUAAAUUAAAACCACAAAUGUUUCCUAACAAA